AGGCGCGCGUUGCUAGUUUGCAGCUUUGCUCAGCGAUUAUUGUGCUUUAAAAACGUGCGGGGCUAUGCAGCGUCUUUCCCUGCGUUGGGAUCCUGUGAGUCUAGGCUGGCUUUUCAGUAAGUGCUAGGGCUGCGUUGUGGAGGCAGCCGACGCCACGCUGGAGGAGAAGGAGCCUGUGAGGGGCAUACCCUCUGCCAUGAAGAAGAUUUUUAGCUUCAGGAGUAAGGGCCCAUCGCCCUUAGGCCCCUCUGCCCGCCCGCGGAGCAACUGCGUGGGCUUUGGACGUGAGAGUGUUAGUGGCUCCCACGUGCCCAGGUACCACAUUCAUGACAAGGAUAUGGGCAAGAUCCACAAGGCUGCAAGCGUGGGUGAUGUAGCCAAAGUGCAACAUAUCCUUAUCCUUGGGAAAAGUGGCGUGAACGAUAGAGACAAGAAGGACAGGACCGCUCUGCAUCUUGCCUGUGCUUACGGCCACCCAGAAGUGGUAACUCUCUUGGUAGAGAGAAAAUGUGAGUUAGACGCCUGUGACGGCGAGAACUGCACCGCUCUCAUUAAGGCCGUACAAUGCCAGGAAGAAGAAUGUGCAGCUAUCCUCCUGGACCACGGCGCUGAUCCAAAUGUGAUGGAUAGCAGUGGCAACACUGCCCUCCACUAUGCGGUCUACAGCGAGAGCACGUCCAUAGCAGCCAAACUGCUCGCACACAAUGCAAAUAUAGAAGCCAAAAACAAGGAUGACCUAACACCUAUGUUACUUGCUGUAAAGGAAAAUAAACAGCACAUUGUGGAAUUUUUAGUAAAGAAGAAAGCAAGUAUGCAUGCAGCUGAUCAGCUUGGAAGCAACAGGCAAAUAUUUGAAUAUGAUGGGAAGAGACUAAAAAAUCCUGAAACCAGCAAUCCAGUGGAUAAUGGUUCUGAAGAUGGCUCUUUAACCAGGUCUUCUCACACACCUGAUCCUGCUGAUUCCUGGCCCACAUCAGAUGAGGAUGACUAUAACUUUGAUACCAAGAAUGUUCCCAAAAUUAACUUAACGGAGUUGUGGACAGCUGCUCAGCAGUCUAAGAAAAACCAAACAAAAUGUGGCUUUGAAGAACUAGACAAUAGAGCCCUGUUUGAUGAUAGUGAUUCCACUAGUGAAAACGAAGAUGCCGUUGAGAUUGAGCCUGCAUCAUCAGCCAGAGUCCAGACCCUCUCUCCAUCCUGUCAGUCACCUGACCCUGUGGAAGGAGCAACUGAGCCAGCAGUUGAAGGAGGAGAAAACGGUACCAAUAUUAUUGAGAGCGCUUCACAGGAGCAACCAAAUCAUGGCAAUUUAAUCCGUGCUGACGGGUGGCACAAAAGUAAUAAAAGUGAAAUGAUGUCUGCGUUAGGAUUAGGAGAAGAUGAAGACGAAGACUCACCUUGGGAUUCUGAGAGUAUCUCUGAGAGUGUUUCACUGAAAGACAUAGGUAAUUUAUCUGGGACUGCAGAUCAAACAGGAAAAAGGAGAGUACAUGAACAGAUAGAAGAUGUGACUUAUAUACCUUCUUGCAUGAGUGGAUCAAGAAACUUUAAGAUGACUAAACUAGAGGAGUCAAGAAAUGUAGGCAUUCCAGUAGCCCACAUGGAGGCCCCCAGAAAAUAUCCAGUAAUGGAGCCUACCAUCGAAAGGAGGGCUCCUGUUCUGAACAAAACAGAGACAGUGGGAAUGAAGGACAUACAGACUUUCACAUCAGAGCCAGAAACAGUAUCAAGGGAGGAGCAGACGCGGCCCAGUGGCACUGAGGACAGCCAGCUAAAGGUUGAAGAAAAGAGAAAGUACAAAAAUAAUGAAGCAGAACUGUCAGGAAAUGUGGACAGCGGUGCUGAUGGAAGCCCCCAGAGUGCAGACACUGAUAACCAGCAGUUUCCCAGGAAGGGGGGUGAGGGGCAUGGCAGUGGUCCUGCCUUGCUUAUGAAGGAAGCAAAGAAGAAGGAAAACGAAAGAUGGGUAUCUAGAGAGUCUGUUGUGAUGGCAGUGACUGAGGGCGCUGGCUUUCCAGCUGGUGGCUCGCUACAGAUGCAGGACGGCUCCCGCUGGAGUGACACGGACCAAAGUGAAUCCAGGCCCACAAAGAAAACAUCUAAUAAAAAUAACAAGGACAGCAAGCAGACAGCUGCUGUGGGCAACCUUGAUGACUUCACUGAGUCAUCUGAAACGAGCUCCGAGGACCAUGAGCUCCAGGGCCCUGAUUACGAGAGCGUUUUGUGUGAAAUUGAGCAUCUCAGACUGGAGUGUAAAGAUACUGUUAGUCUACUGAAAAUCCGAGAUGCUGUUUAUUCAUAUAAAAGAUUAAUAGAACUUAAAAGAAGCCACUGUGAACUACUUACAGGAAAACUGAAAAGAAUGGAAAACAAAUAUAAGGGAUUACAGCAGGAAGUGUCAGAGACAGAAGAAGUGAAGUCACGGUUGGAACAUGAGAAGGUCGGCUGGGAGCAGGAGCUCUGCAGGCUGAGAUUUGUACUGAAACAAGAGGAAGAGAAGAGGAGAAGUGCAGAUCAGCUUUCUGAGAAAAUCGUGGAGCAGCUUAGAAGGAAAAGCGAGCAGUAUCAGAGUGAGGUGGAAGCCAGGCAGCAGCUUGAAGUCUCUCUCAGGACCCUGGAGAUGGAGCUGAAGACAGUGAGAAGUCAUCUCAACCAGGUUUUAGAGGAGCGAGACGAGACUCAGAGGCAGCUUUCCCGAGAACAGAAUGCCAGAAUGUUACAAGAUGGGAUUCUUGCAAAUCACCUCUGCAAGCAAAAGGAGAUAGAAAUGACGCAGAAGAAAAUGACUUCUGAGGUUUCUGUUAGUCAGGAAAAAGAAAAAGAUCUAUUGCAUAAAAACCAGAGGCUGCAGGAUGAAGUUGCCGUGUUGAGACUGGAAAUGGACACAAUAAAAAACCAUAACCAGGAGAAGGAAAAGAAGUAUCUUGAGGAUAUUAAGAUUGCAAAUGAGAAGAAUGAUAAUCUUCAAAGGAUGAUUAAGCUGAAUGAAGAAACAUUUACAAAAACAAUGCUCCAGUAUAGUGGGCAACUUAACAGUCUUAAAGCUGAGAACACAAUGCUGAGUUCUAAGCUGGACAACGAAAAACAGAAUAAGGAGAGAUUGGAAACAGACGUUGAGUCGUUCCGAUCUCGACUGGCUUCCGCUCUGCAUGAUCACGCCGAAAUUCAGACAGCAAAGAGAGACCUAGAAACGGCCUUCCAGAGAGCAAGAGAUGAGUGGUUUCGUUUGAAAGACAAGAUGAAUUUCGACAUGUCUAACCUCAGAGACAGCAAUGAGGUUCUCUCCCAGCAACUUUCUAAAACCGAAAGAAAAUUGAAUAGCCUAGAAAUCGAGUUUCAUCACACAAAAGAUGAACUUAGAGAGAAGACGCUGGCUCUGAAGCAUGUGCAGAGAGACCUCAGCCAGACACAGUGCCAGAUGAAGGAGGUGGAGCACAUGUUUCAGGAUGAGCAAGGGAAGGUGAAUAAAUACAUGGGAAAGCAGGAGUCGAUAGAGGAGAGGCUGGCUCAGCUGCAGAGUGAGAACACGCUGCUCCGACAGCAACUAGACGAUGCCGCCAACAAGGCCGAGAGCAAAGACAAGACAAUAGUGAACAUCCAAGACCAGUUCCAGGAUGUGCUAAACAGAUUCCAAGCUGAGAGUCAGAAGCACAGCCUGAGGCUAGAAGACAGAAAUCAGGAGUUAAUCAUUGAGUGCAGUCAUCUGAAAGAAAGAAUGUGUCAGUACGAGAAUGAGAAAGCGGAAAGAGAAGUAGUUGUGAGGCAGCUUCAGCAAGAACUGGCAGAUACCCUGAAAAAGCAGUCAAUGUCAGAGGCUUCGCUCGAAGUUUCCUCCCGUUACCGCAACAGUUUAGAAGAGGAAGCACGAGACUUAAAGAAGAAAUUGGGUCAGGUCAGAAGCCAGUUGCAAGAGUCGCAGGAUCAACACAGAGAGGCUGUACAACGUGCUGAGAAGAUGGAAGACCACCUACAAAAGCUUGAACUUGAAAAUUCCAAGUUUGAAAUUACAAUAAAAAAGCAAUCAGAGGAAAUCGAACAACUUCAGGAAAACCUGUCAAAUGUGAAUUUGUCUGAAGAGGAUAAGGAAAAACUGAAGAAGCUUACAGAGUUGAAAGAGUCUCUGGAAUAUACUUUGGAUCAAGAACAGAAGAGAAGUGGUGCAUUAGAAAAGGAACUGACAGAAUUUAAGGAAAUAUUAAAAAUGACCAAAAAAGAAUUAAAUGAAUAUGAAAACAGAGAACUUAAUCUUCAAGAUAUAAAAAGCAGUCAACUUGAAAUGGAUAUCCCAGUUAAUGCACUAAUAAAAAAGAUUGAUGACCUUACAGCAAAACUGGAAACUGCAUCUUCAAAAUGUCUACAUCUGGGUAAAAAAAAUCAGCUGCUUCAGCAGGAAUUACUCUUGAUGAAAACUAUACAAAAGAAGUGUGGGAAACUAGAGAAGAAUAAGAAGCAGUUGGAGCAGGAGGUGGUGAACCUCAGAAGUCACAUGGAGAAGAACAUGGUGGAGCACAGUCAAGUGCAGCAGUAUGCGCGGGAGGUCGAAGAGCGGGCGAGGCAGGACUUGGUGGAAAAGUUAAAACAGGUCAACCUCUUCUUGCAGGCCCAGGCAGCAUCCCAGGAGAACUUGGAGCAGUUAAGAGAGAACAGUAACGCUUCAGUUAGAAGUCAGAUGGAGCUCAGGAUCAAAGACCUGGAAUCCCAGCUCUACAAAAUGAAAGCCCAGGAAGACUUCGAUAAAAUAGAACUAGAAAAGUAUAAGCAACUCUACCAGGAAGAGUUCAGAGUUAGAAAGUCGCUGUCAAGUAAACUAAAUAAGACUAGUGAGAAGCUGGAGGAGGCCAGCACGAAGCUGUUUCUGGAGGAGCAGCAGAACAGGUCUUUGCUGAGCACUCUAAGUACAAGGCCUGUUGUAGAGUGUCCUUGUGUUGGAAGUCUUCAUAAUAGUUUGGUAUUCAACAGAACUCUUAUUCCAAGAGAGAACGUAGUGGUUCCUACCUCAGGCCUACAGCCGUCAAAUAAAAGAGUGGAGAUUUACCUAACCAAGAUGCAUCAAGAGUUGGAAAAAAGUAUAAACAGAGAACUUAAAGAAGCUACUGCUGAACUUGAGUCUGAGUUCUGCAGAGUUUCUCCCCUUGGAUCUGCUACUAAACCAAGCCAUGAUCUACUCUCAGAAGCAUCGCAAGAAUAUAUAGACAUUUUAAAGAAAAAAUACAUGAUCUGCUGAAUUUAAAAGAGAAAAAGGAAGGAAAGGCAUGAAAGUAGAAGUGGGACUGUCUGGAAGAAGGACCAAAGGGAGAGAGGACUGGAGCAGAUAAAGGAGCGUACGCCGUGUGUGUGCCUGAUAUGUCUCAACAGCCUGGGUGUGGUGGCACGUGUCUUUGACUCCAGCACCUGGGAAGCAGAGGCUGGUAGAUCUCUGAAUUCAAGGACAGUCAGAGCUACGUGUCUCACACAGAAAAAGUCAUAAUGAAACCUGCUAUUUUAUACAAAUAAUACACAUUAAUAUAUAUGAUCUAAAAUAUGACAUUGUGGACUGGAGAGAUGGCUCGGCAGUUUUAAGAGCAGUGGCGUCUCUUCCAUAGGUCCUGAGUUCAAUUCCCAGCAACCACAUGGUGGCUCGCAACCAUCUGUAAUGGGAUCCUGUGUCCUCUUCUGGCUUGUAGGGUUACGUGCAGAUAGAGCUCAUAUACAUAAAUAAAUCUUUAAAAAAGAAAACAAAGAUAUAAACAUUUAUAAAAAUAAAACAUUGUAUUUAUUAGACUAUAUAUUUUAAUUGUAUUAGCUGUAUGACUUGAAAACACAAGUGAGAAAAACUUUCGUCAUAUGUAUUAGAAAUUAAUAUAUUUACCUGGGGUUUUUUGGUGGUCCUAAGCAGAUUUUGCAAGUAUUAUUAGAACAGUAUUACAAACUUUUACAUAUGAAAACACCCUAAAGCAGGUUGUUUAAACAACCAAGCUAUUAUAAAUACGUUGGUGGGAUGAAAUACCAUCUUUGUAUUUAUAUUUUUCUAUUUUUAUUACUAUGCAUGUGCCAAAAGAUUUAGCCAGACGUCAGUAUGCUGCUGCCUUAGCCAUUGAUAAUGUUUUAAUUCAUCACAGUCAUAGUAUCACCAUCAAACUUGAAUUUCAUUUUAAGCAGUGCUUGGCCCUGUGGAAAAGCAUGGUUACCUAAGGCUUUUCACUUCUUGUGUUCAUUCAUUUGCUUGUUCAUCCUUGAUAGUUUUUUUAAGUCAUAAAAUUAGAGAGUUCAAAUAAUUCUACCACUCUCUUCUGAGCCAUUUGAGAGAGCCUUGCCACCAUCCAUCGUCAUCCUUGGCUAUUUUAGUUCCUUUUGGAAUUAGCAACACUCUUAACUGUAGUGUUGCCUUUGUAUUAAGAAGGCUGACACUAAUAGAUCCUAAAGUUUAAUACUCAGAUUCCUUUCCAGUUUGGCUUCUUAUCUACAGUGUCCUUUAAAGACUGAUCCUGUUCAGACUAAUGGGUUGCACUUACAGUUCUUAGACUCCUUCAGUCUGGAACAGCAUUUGGUCUUUCCUUGACUGUCAGGACAUUAAAUCUUCAAGGAACAAUUCAUAUAGUAUGUCCUUGAUUGGAUUUUCUGGUUCAUCAUGAUUAAAUCACGCAUCCUUGGCAUAAGUAUUACAGAAGUCAUUUUCUCAUUUAAUCUUAUUAUGUGAUCUAUAAUAUAGAUUUUUCUCUGUUAUUAUGAUGUUGAUAUUGAUCACUAGAGCCUUCUUUUUUCCUCUGCAUACUUACUUUUGUUUUGUGAUAAUUGUUUUGUGGAGAGACAAUUUGUGACUAUAAAUAUGUUUCUUAUCAAACUGACAAUAUAUUCAUUUACUAGUAUUCAUAUAGAUUAAUGGUUCUUCAUUUUAUUUAAUGACAUACAAGUUGUUGAUAACAAAUUAUUUUUAUAUUUAAAUAAAUUAAAUUUUUGAGAAUUUC